AUGAAUCUGAGCACUGACCAUGCCAAUUUAUGGGGAAAUGGUUCCUAUUUGGAAUUUCAAGGUGGGAAAGUGGGGACACCGUGGCUGUCAGAGUCGCCUGUCAACUCCACAAACUCCACUGGCAACGGGACUGAGAUCGGUGAAGUGGAUCUUACCCGUGCCAUCCCGCUUGGCUUGGUCCUUGGGGCUUUCAUCGUGUUCGCCAUCGUGGGCAACAUCCUCGUCAUCCUGGCGGUGGUGACCAACAGGCACCUGCGGACCCCGACCAACUACUUCAUUAUCAACCUGGCCAUCGCUGACCUGCUGCUGGGUACCACCGUGCUGCCGGUGUCUGCCACCCUGGAGAUCCUCAACUACUGGGUGUUCGGCAGGAUCUUCUGUGACAUCUGGGCGGCGGUAGAUGUUCUGUGCUGCACCGCGUCCAUUAUGAGCCUGUGCGUAAUUUCAAUCGACCGUUACAUCGGGGUGAGCCACCCGCUGCAGUACCCAAGCAUAGUGACCGAGAAGCGGGCACUUCUGGCCAUGCUCGGGGUGUGGGUGCUCUCAGUGGUCAUCUCCAUUGGACCCCUCCUUGGGUGGAAGCAGCCUCCAUCGCCGGACGACACGGUGUGCCUCAUCACCGAGGAACCGUUUUAUGCACUCUUCUCCUCCCUCGGGUCCUUCUAUAUACCGCUGGUUGUUAUCUUGUCCAUGUAUUUUAGGGUUUAUGUAGUUGCCAAACGGACCACCAAGAACUUGGAGGCCGGGGUGAUGAGGGAGAGGAUGAACACGAGCGAGCUCACGCUCAGGAUCCAUAGGGGAUCCCAGUUGCAGGAUGAGACAGGCGGAGGCACUGGCAAGGGCCGCGUGACGCAGGCGAGGAGCUCCCUGGCAGUGAAACUUCUGAAAUUCUCCCGGGAGAAGAAAGCAGCAAAAACUUUGGGGGUCGUGGUUGGCAUGUUUACGCUUUGUUGGCUGCCGUUCUUCCUAGCCUUACCCAUUGGUAGGUAUAUUUUUCCAUAUUUAUUUACCCUUUUCCAAACGAAUAUCCAAGUACGCCUAUUACAGAAAACUAUCUUGAUCGAUAUGAUUAUUUGACACAGCAGUCCAGCAGUUGAAUGAAACAAUGAUAAUAAUCAUAAUAUUAUGAUACUAUAGCCUACAAUUAAAACAACCCUCAAUAUGUGAUAAUAUACCUAUUAUGGUAAAUGUAUAUACAUUUUGGUGCCAUAUUACAUUUCGCAAGCAAACUGCUGAAAAGUGUCUGAGAAGAUUUUUCAUUAAUAUUUGGAAGUAAAUCUAAGUGGCCCUUGGGUCCCAUUCAUAGAGAACUGUCCCAUAAAUCCCAUCUCCAGAAAGUUGGCACUGAUGCAGACAAUGGCAUAUAUGAUAAUAUGCACCCAUUAAUUUACUGCCAUGAUUUAUCAGCAUGAUGCCUGCGUCCCAAAUGACACCCUAUUCCCUAUAGUGAACUACUUUUGACCAAAGCCCUGUGGACCCUGGUCAAAAGUAUUUUGGGACGCAGACAAUGUGUGUGGCAUAGUGGACUUUAUUAUACUGUAGUGGGGGUCUACUACCUUGCCAAACAACAACCAGUUGUCAAUAGCAGAGACUAAUACCCAGGCUAUUGGUGUCACUGUGUCAGGGUGAACUUAACCAGCUGUAAGACAUCAUGCUCAGAGGUAUGGAACAUAAUUCCUUAAUCAUAUUACUAGGUCCUAGGAGGUUUUCCUGAGCCGGAGUAAUAUGGUCAAGGAAACCCCACAUAUUACGCUGGUCUGACCUGAGCUGCCUGGGCCCCUCUCUUAUCUGGUCUGUUGAUCCUCAGCCCCAGGGCCAGUAGGGGCUAGUGGAGUCUAGAGGGACCAGUGGGGGUGGAGUGGCUAGUGGAGUCUAGAGGGACCAGUGGGGGUGGUAGGGGCUAGUGGAGUCUAGAGGGACCAGUGGGGGUGGUAGGGGCUAGUGGAGUCUAGAGGGACCAGUGGGGGUGGUAGGGGCUAGUGGAGUCUAGAGGGACCAGUGGGGGUGGUAGGGGCUAGUGGAGUCUAGAGGGACCAGUUGGGGGGGUAGGGGCUAGUGGAGUCUGGAGGGACCAGUGGGGGUGGUAGGGGCUAGUGGAGUCUAGAGGGACCAGUGGGGGUGGUAGGGGCUAGUGGAGUCUAGAGGGACCAGUGGGGGUGGUAGGGGCUAGUGGAGUCUAGAGGGACCAGUUGGGGGCCGGUAGGGGCUAGUGGAGUCUAGAGGGACCAGUAAGGUGGAGUGGCUAGUGGAGGCUGAGGGACCAGUGGGGUGGUAGGCUGGCAGUAGCUAGAGGGACCAGGGGGUAGGGCUAGUGGAGUCUAGAGGGACACAUGGGGUGUAGGGCAGUGGAGUCUAGGCCGGGGGGGGGGCCUGUAGGGGCCCAAGCCAGACUCCACUGGGACUGACAGCAGUAAAGGGCCCACCGCCACCAUCACGGCUGUAGAGACAACAUCUAGAGGAAAUGAAACAAUAUAUAUUGUGGAGAAGAGACUCGUGCUGCGGGCACAUUGUGGCGAGGGACAGAGCAGUGCAGAUAGACGAGGGGAGGCUAAGAAAGGAGGCCAAGAAAACAUAGAUCAUUAUUUACUGCUGUUGUUUUCAGAGGAGACCUCUGAAAAGAGUGGAGUUCCCCUUCUCUGUGCCUCUCUCUCCAAGAGGUCAGGUCCAGUAUGGUAAUGUACUGUGUCAGCUAUCUUUUAUAACCCCUAAUAAACCAGAAGCAGUCAAUCACUAAAACUCCUGAUACAUGCAUUGGCAGUCGUGUAAAGUAACUAAGUACAAAUAUUUAAAGUAGUUAACUUUUACUUUUACUACUAAAGAAAAUAUGUACUUUUUACUCCCAUAAAUUUCUCCUUACACCCAAGAGUACUCGUUACAUUUCGAAUGCUCAGGCAGGACAGCAAUAUGGCCCAAUUCACGCACCUAUCCAUAUAACGUGUUGUCAUAACUACUGCCUCUGAUCUGGCGCACUCACUAAACACAAAUACUGCGUUUGUAAAUUAUGUCUGAGUGUUGUAGUGUGCCACUGGGUGUCUUGACCAACAACAAAAAAAUCAGGCUGUCUGGUUUGCUUAAUAUAAAGAAUGUACUUUUCCUCCAGUAACAUUAUGAAAAUUGAAUAUUUUUUCCACCACUGUACUUAAGUAUAUUUAAAACCCAGAUACUUUUAGACCUUUAUUCAAGUAGUAUUUUACUGGGUGAAUUUAACUUUGACUUGAGUCAUUUUCUAUUACGGUAUCUUUAAUUUUACUCAAGUAUGAAAAUUGAGUACUUUUUCCACCACUGUGGAUUGACUUGGGACAGUUGUGAAUGCAUGCACUAAACCAGAGCAUGCAGAUCUCCAGUCAUUACAAAUAAUGUAGAUAACUUGAAUUGUGCAGGAGUUUGUGCUUAUCAGGAAGUACUGAUCCGUAGUGCGCAUAUUAGGAGGCUGCUGUCCUAGCUUCGACUAGAACUAUUUGUUUAUUAAAAACAAAAAAUGAUGUUUUAAGUGAGAAGUAGGAAUUGGUCUGAGCACCACAUUGUGUACCUGUGUAAUAUUGACAUAAGCUCAGAACCACUUGUUUUUCAAACAUGGUCCUAUUUUAUCAAUUGCUGUGCUGGUCAAUGGACAGUUCAUUACCUCUGUCAAAUGACUAGGUAGCAAUCCUUAACCUUGCGUCAAUCUAAGUAACAUAACAAAAAAAUCCCCAUCAAAAUCCGUCAGUUUAAGCUAGAGAUAUCUGCAUGGGCUGCGUCUCAAUCCACCCCAUCCGCCUAUGUCAGCCUUCCUCAUCUGCUGUGGAAGGUGACCGAGCUACAGCGAUGUUUGUCAGACCAUGAAAAAUCGUACUUCUCACGAAAACGUCUGUAGCGUCCGAACGGUUUGGCCGAAUAUGACCACUCUAUGGAAAGAUGAGACUCUCACAAACACGAUGGUGUUCUCCAUUUUGCUCUACGAUCACCACAAAUGUCACAGGAUAAUGGACUUUACAGUGUCCUGCUGUUAAAAUAUGAACAGCUAAGGUUUCGAUGAACAGUUGAGGUCUUGAUGAACAGCUGAGGUCUUGAUGAACAGCUAAGUAGUAGAAUCAGGUGUGGUAGGCUUAAACAAAAAUGGCUACAUAACCCUGUGGCUCGUCAAUAGCAAUUGUGGUAACUCUUGAUACAAACACUGUGACAAAUGACAAACUGCUGAGAAACACCUGUAAAAUACAGUCAUUGGAACAAGUACAAAACACUUUUAUGAAUACAUACAGUGAGCUUCAAAAGUAUAGGGAACAGUGACAUAUUUCUGUUGUUGUUUUGGCUCUGUACUCCAGCACUUUGGAUUUGAAAUGAUACAAUGGCUAUGAGGUUAAAGGCUAUUUGAGGGUAUUUUCAUCCAUAUCAGGUGAACCGUUUAGAAAUUACAUAACUUUUUGUACGUAGUCCCCCCAUUUUAGGGGACCAAAAGUAUUGGGACAAAUUCACUUAUAUGUGUACUAAAGUAGUCAAAAGUGUAUUAUCUGGUCCCAUAUUCCUAGCACGGAAUGACUACAUCAAGCUUGUGACUCUACAAACUUGCUGGAUGCAUUUGCUGUUCGUUUUGGUUGUGUUUCAGAUUAUUUUGUGCCCAAUAGAAAUGAAUGGUAAAUAAUGUAUUGUGUCAUUUGUAUUGUAAAUAGGUAUAGAAUAUGUUUCUAAACACUUCUACAUUAAUGUGGAUUCUACCAUGUUUACAAAUAAUCCUGAAUAAAUUGUGAAUAACGAUGAGCGAGAAAGUUACAGAGGCACAAAUAUCAUACCACCAAGACAUGCUAACCUCCCCUGUUAUUGUAAUGGUGAGAGGUUAGCAUGUCUUGGGGGUAUGAUGUUUGUGUGUCUAUAACGUUCUCACUCUAAAUCCUUUAGCUACAAAUGUUGUUAGUAAUGCUGUACCCAGCUGUCCAACUCAAGUAAUAGAGCACACAUUCCCACAUUUAUAAAUGGCAGUAUAAAUAUGAAAACAUACAUAAGUGCUACUGAUAGUGUGUGAUGUAGGCUAGCCUACUGUGUGCAUAUGAAUGUGUGGAAGUUGGUUGUCAGCUCCACAUGGGCCAGCUUGACACAUUUCUUAGCUUCUCAAAUGACAGAAAUAUUCCCAUAGAGAUGGCCUGGUGCUAAAUUAAUCAGCUGGUUUACACAUUUCUAUGGGACAGGGGCAUGCCCACAAUCCACCACCCUGCCAUUAAGCAGUGUGUCCAUGGGAUGUACCGUUGGGAUGGCGGUGCAUCUGAUGGAUGAGGGCAACAACAACUUCCUUGAGAGUUUGAGAGCUGGUGUCUCCACGGUUCUCUCCUCCAUAGUAGCAAAUCACGCGCACUAGUACUAGUGCACGUCACGCUUCAUCCGUUGCCACCUAAAGAUGCCCAACCAACCCAAAGGCUCUUUUAAGAAACACAUAAUAAUUUAAAUAAGGACACACCGUGUGUGUGUGUGUCGGGAAAGGGCGGGGGUGUCAAAAACUAAACACAAAAAAUAAUUGCUCCAAAUAUCCCCUCCGGUAGGCAAACCAAGGACUUUCGAAUCCCAGGGCGAUGACACUAACCGUUACGCUACAAACCCUGUUAUAGAUAAGUUAACUUGACACUCCAUUUAAAUGGACAGUCUGGUGAUGACAGCCACGAUCAUUCCUAAAUUGUUUUAUUGUUCAUUCACUCAGUACUGAUUGAACGUUUAUUUUUCUGGCUUAUUUUGACUGCUCACAGAUCACGCAAGCAAGAAUGAGGGGGUUCCUUUAUUUGGCCCAGGUUACUGGGUGAAAAGUGAUUGCAUUUAUUUUUGGUACUGGGCUGCCACCUGGGCGUGAACCAGGUGCCCCGCUCUGGCCGAGGACGGCGAAGUCGGCUCAAAACGAAAGUGGUGUGGUCAAGCAGGAGUGAUAAUAAUAAUAAUUAAAUAUGCCAUUUAGCAGACGCUUUUAUCCAAAGCAACUUACAGUCAUGUGUGUAUACAUUGUUACGUAUGGGUGGUAUAGGGGAUCGAACUCACUACCCUGGCAUUACAAGCGCCAUGCUCUACCAAUUGAGCUACAGAGGACCACAUGAGUAGGAUGCUGUUUUCACAUGCAGAAGUGAUUGCUUUUGAUAAAAACGCUUUAUCUGCCUUCCUAAUGAAAACUAGUUUGAAAAUUCAAACAUUUAUUUUAUGGAAUAUAGAUUGUAUGCUUCUAGACGAUGCACCAUGCUGCCUUGUUACUGUUUGACGCAGAAGACUGUUUGAUUUGAGAAGGAUGUUCCUCCCCACUUUCGCUCGAUGGCGUGAUGGCCAUUGCCCGGUUAAACCGUAAUACAACUCCCUCCAAAAAUUGGCUGACGACCCUAAUAAUAACGACCCUGUCAGAAAUCCGUUAUAGUGGUUCUCGGUGUGUUGUGUACCUCCAAUCAAGUUGAUUUGUGAAUUUUCAUUGACAUAAUAAUAAUAAUAUGCCAUUUAGCAGACGCUUUUAUCCAAAGCGACUUACAGUCAUGCGUGCAUACAUUUUUUUUUGUGUAUGGGUGGUCCCAGGGUUCGAACCCACUACCUUGGCGUUACAAGCGCCGUGCUCUACCAGCUGAGCUACAGAGGACCACUGACAUUUGUUUCAUAUUGGCUAAGAUAUAAUAAGGAGAUUUAAAUUUAACAUUGAGCUUCAACCAAUGCAUACUAUAGUCGAGCCAACCAAUGCGCCUAUAAUUACUGCAGCCAUAUGGAAACGUGCUUUUUGACAGGACCUUACCUUAAUCCUGUCGCAUGCUACACCCAGUCGAAACAGUUUGCGCAUAUUUUAUGAGUACAUUUUGUGACGUUUUUGUUCGUUUUGGUGUUCGUCAGGGGUAGAUCAGUUUAAUAUAUCAGAUUGAUUGUAACUUCCAUCAAUGUAAUUGUCUGUAUCACUUCCAAUCCCCCAUGUUUAUAUAUAUAUAUAUAUAUAUAUAUAUAUAUAUAUAUAUAUAUAUAUAUACAUACACAUACACAUACACAUACACAUACAUAUACACAUACACAUAUAUAUAUAUAUAUAUAUAUAUAUAUAUAUAUAUAUAUAUAUAUAUAUAUAUAUAUAUAUAUACAUACACAUACAUAUACAUACAUAUACACAUAUAUAUAUAUACACAUAUACACACAUACACACACACAUACAUACACACACACAUACAUAUCCUUAAAAAAAAAUAUAUAUAUAUAUAUAUAUGCCCCUUUAUUACUUUCCAACCCCGUCACCCUUUCCCUACUUGGAGUAAACUAGUGAACAACAAUGCUUAGGCCUCUACUUCCAGCUUAUACUUACUAUCUACAUUUUAUGGACACAGUCAAUUUUACAAUAAUUAUAUUUUGUUUGUUUUUUCUCCUGAACUUCUUCUACUCUCAACCUCUCUGAUCAUUUUCAUGAUGUCCAUCCGGUUUGCUUCUAUAUGCCAUAUCUUUCUAACUGUGCUCGUUCACAAAAGCUCCCAACCUACAACCUAUAUACUUAUUGUGGACACAGUAUGCUAACAUUAUUAGUUAUCUUGUUAUUAUUUGUUGUUAGUUGUUAUUAGUCCCAUCCUUCAGCUCCAUUCAACACCUCCCAUCUAUCUCGUUCGCUUCGCUAUGAGUGUGCCUUUACGCCCCCCCCCCCCCCCCCCCCCCCCGCUGCUACACAAACACACACACACAAACACGCACGCACGCACAUACACACACAGACACACACAUUAUGCGUUCCUAUCCGGGAUGAGGUUGCUGGUCACUAAACAAGGUCGGACAGCAGCAGGAGAUUCCUCCGACCGCUGCAAGGAACAUUUAAUUAGAUAACAGAAGCACGGAACUCUGGGAACAUUCUGGGAACAUUGUGGAGUUGUGUUCUGUUGAUCCUGAGGGUUCUUUGGAAAGGGAGGAGGGGGACGUAAGAAUGUGGACAACUCUGGACUGUUUAUUUAAGACCAAUCAAUGGAUAACCACAAGACUAAUAUCCUGAUUAUUAGGGCCCAGUACGAUACAGUGCAUCAUGUUACUUAACAGUACAACCUUGUUUAACCUUAGGGGCUAAUUUAAGGUGAGCUGCAAAAGUUGUGAAUCCAAGCAUAGAUACGGUACGAACAGUGGACCACAUCCAUCCAUAUUGUUUACACACCCACACUAUACAAUGGAAUACUCUACAUCUUCUCGACUCCUCCUCUAUUAUGACAAUCCCGUAGGCUUAUCCUCACCCAUCUAUUCUCCCUAUCCUAUAGUCUGUAAAUGGAGGGAUUAAGGGAUGGUUAUCGUUUUUUAAAUAAUAAUCCCCUGCUGCUCUUCUGAGCUUAACUGUCUGGCUCAUUGGCUCAACUUCUAAACCCCAGUAAUUGUAGCCUGAUAGGAGCAGAAACACACAAGCUCCAUCAAACACACACACACACACACACACACACACACACACACACACACACACACACACACACACACACACACACACACACACACACACACACACACGCAUGCACACACACACAUGCAUGCACACACACAUGCAUGCACACACACACACACGCACACACACACACAACACACAUCCUCUCCCUCCCAGCACAGCUCCGCUCCCACUGCCCUCAUCAGCCUACUUCCACCCACUAAGAGGGAUUUCCUGUGAGCCGCUCACUACACCCAACCACUGUAAUCACUAGUCUGUGGUCUAUGUAAUGUAACUAGAGUGAUGGCUGGCUGUGCUCCAAGCUGCUCCAUGCCAGGUGCCCCGAGGGUCUUUUUUCUAGCGUGGAUGUUUAGGGUAACUAUGGCUCAUAGGGGUCAGCGGCCUCACUUCAAAGCACAAAAUAGAUGGACGCGCACACACACACAAACACACACACACACACACACACACUGACUAAUGAAGGUCACUGACAUGGGCAACCAGUAGCCCAGUGUUAAUCCCUUCCUGAGAGGAUACACAGGUGUCAGUAUUCAUCUCUAUGUGUGUCAGACACACAGCUAUAUAACCUGUAGGAUUCAUGCUCUAUCAGACCUGCUCACUGAACUGAACUUUCUCAUGGAGAUAAUGUGUUAUUCCCAAAGAAACACCCAUCCUUCAACAAUUACAGUAAACCAAUAUGUCAAAUUUUAUCUCAAUAGAAUGAGAAUGAGGUUCAGAGCUUUACCUGUAACAUUGCCGUCCCAGAGGGCACAAAAUCCAUUAGCCUCUAUCAACGAAUAUACAUUCAAUAUACAGGUAACUGCCAAAAUAAUGGAAACACGAACAUAAAGUGUCUUAAUAGGGCGUUGGGCCACCAUGAGCCCGGAAUAGCUUCAAUGCACCUUGGCAUUGAACAUUUGUCUGGAACUCUAUUGGAGGGAUGCGACACCAUUCUUCCAUGAGAAAUUCCAUCAUUUGGUGUUUUGUUGGUGGUGGUGGAAAAAGCUGUCUCAGGUGCCGCUCCAGAAUCUCCCAUAUGUGUUCAAUUGGGUUGAGAUGUGAUGACUGAGACGGCCAUCGCAUAUGGUUUACAAUGUUUUCAUGCUCAUUAAACCAUUUAGUGACCACUCGUGCCAUGUGGAUGGAGGCAUUGUCAUCCUAUGGAGGAAGUCACAUCUAAAUGCUGUCUCUCUGUCAUCUCUCAUCUCAGCCAGUCAGUGACAAAUCAUUAGUACUCAGGGGAUAAUUGUGUUAUUUUCUCUGCACACAUUUUUCUGGCCACUUUAACCCCUAACCCAUUAUAUUAACGCCCAGCACUAAAGGCUUCUCAUUUAUCAAAUGGUGAAGGCAGCAUGUCCAAACAUGACAGAAGAAUGUUCAAACAGAAGAAUGUUUGUGUCAGGCUGUGUUGUGUGUUCGUGUGUGAUUGAGGCGGUGGGGCUGUGUGUGUAUCUCGAUGUGUCUCAAUGCGUGUACGUCUCCAUCUGUGUGCAUCCAUGUUGUGCUUACGCAGUGAGUUCGCUGGCCCCUGUGCUCUGGGGGUGAUUGAAUUGGUGUUUGGAGGGGAAGAAUAAUGAGUGUGAGAGGAGUGAUGCUGAGGUAGAGGGGAUGGCAGACGAGUCCUGUGACAAAGCUGCUGUGGACCACUGGACAAGGGCACUAAAGCAAGGCCGCAGGGACAUCAAUUGAACUUACCAAUAAUAGCUUCAUUCCAUGUCUUUCAUUUAAAGCAAUAACACUUUCCCUCCGCUUACAUCGUGCAUCACAUAUGUAUGUAGGCUAUGUCACCAAGAAACCAAGUUUUUAUAACACCAGAUACAUCUUACUGUACAUACCUAAGGGACAUUCUAUCAUUCCAGUCUGAGUAUGUGAUUUUCUCUUCUGCUGAUCUUAGACACCUCUUUGCACGUGUGUGUGUUCAUAAAGGAAUCAAACACACAGUAAGUGAGAAUAACAGGAUGCCUUGCUUCCUUAGGACGUUCCUGCAGACGCUCCUGUUGUUUCUUACCCUGUGUAAUGUUUGAUUUAUUUUACCUUUAUUUUAACAGGAAGUCCCAUUGAGACCAAGGUCUCCUUAGGAAGGGAGCAUCUUACAACAACAAAUUACACAGAGGGAACACACCAGAAAAUAAAAAUACACAGAGAAUACAAAACAAAUUAAACGUUUUGUUCCAUGUGUAAAAUAAUGUGUAAAGUAAUGUGUGAGUGAUUGUUGUUUGUCUGCAGGAAGGAGGUGCAAACACUGUUUUCAGUGGAUGUGAUCAGAUCAGAGGAGAAACAAUAGUUCUCCCUCAGAUCUUCCCCCACCCCAUUGUCUUUCACAUACUACCGGACACUGACUACAUCCUUGCCAAACAGUUGGCAGUUUAUACUGACAGUUAUGUAUAGGAAUUCAAUAUAAACACUGGCAAGAGGAUACUGUACAACAAAGUGCAAUACACACAAAGCGUAGCACAAACACACAAACAACCUACAAUAAUACACAUAGCUUUCAAAGCUAAAGAUCACAAAGGACCUCCUGAACAAGCAUGCAGGAAAAGCUCUGCCAGUUUCUAUCCUGCUGUGUUACUUUUCCACUACCCUCUCUAAAACUCUGUGUGUGUCAAAUACAAUUAAAGAUUAUUGCUCAUGUACACAGAUUUACUGGUGUUAUAGCCCAAUGCAGUCCAAAAUAUAAUUUUCCUGUGUUUUCUAUAUACAGUGCAUUCGGAAAGUAUUCAGACCCCUUGACUUUUUCCACAUUUUGUUACAUUACAACCUUAUUCUAAAAUUGAUUAAAUUAUUUUUUCCCUCAUCAAUCUACACACAAUACCCCAUCAUGACAAAGUGAAAACAGGUUUUUAGAAAUGUUUGCUAACUUAUUAAAGAUAAAAAACAGAAAUACCUUAUUUACAUAAGUAUUCAGACCCUUUGCUAUGAGACUCGAAAUUGAGCUCAGGUGCAUCCUGUUUCCAUUGAUCAUCCUUGAGAUGUUUCUACAACUUGAUUGGAGUCCACCUGGAGUAAAUUAAAUAGAUAGGAAAUUAUUUGGAAAGGCACACACCUGUCUAUAUAAGGUCCCACAGUUGACAGUGCAUGUCAGAGCAAAAACCAAGCCAUGAGGAUAAAGGAAUUGUCCAUGGAGCUCCGAGACAGGAUUGUGCCGAGGCACAGAUCUGGGAAAGAGUACAAAAAAAUGUCUGCAGCAUUGAAAGUCCCCAAGAACACGGUGGCCUCCAUCAUUCUUAAAUGGAAGAAGUUUGGAACCACCAAGACUCUUCCUACAGCCGGACGCCCAGCCAAACUGCGCAAUCGGGGGAGAAGGGCUUUGGUCAGGGAGGUGACCAAGAACCAGAUGGUCACUCUGACACAGCACCAUAGUUCCUCUGUGGAGAUUAGAGAACCUUCUAGAAGGACAACCAUUUCUGCAGCACUCUACCAAUCAGGCCUUUAUGGUAGAGCGGCCAGACGGAAGCCACUCCUCAGUAAAAGGCACAUGACAGCCAGCUUGGAGUUUACCAAAAGGCACCUAAAGGACUCUCAGACCAUGAGAAACAAGAUUCUCUGGUCUGAUGAAACAAAUAUUGAACUUGUUGGCCUGAAUGUCAAGCAUCAUAUCUGGAGGAAACCUGGCACCAUCCCUACGGUGAAUCAUAGUGGUGGCACAUCAUGUUGUGGGGAUGUUUUUCAGUGGCAGGGACUGGGAGACUAGUCAGGAUCGAGGGAAAGAUGAACGGAGAAAAGUACAGAGAGAUCCUUAAUUAAAACCUUCUCCAGAGCUCUCAGGACCUCAGACUGUGGCGAAGGUUCACCUUCCUACAGGACGGUAGAAACCUGUUUUCGCUUUGUCAUUAUCGGGAAAUUGUGUGUAGAUUGAUGAGGAUUUUAUUUUAUUUAAUCCAUUUUAGAAUAAGGCUGUAACAUAACAAAAUGUGGAAAAAGUCAAGGGGUCUGAAUACUUUCCGAAUGCACUGUAUAUUUCCACACUAGGAGGUUGGAAUAAUACUGUGAAAUUGUGAAAAUGAUGAUAAUGCCCUUUUAUUGUAAGAGCUGUAUGAUGUGUGUAUGUUUUGGUGGUAUAUAUAGUUAAUAGACCAAUAAGAAAGAGAGUUCCAAAUCUAUCUGCCAAUAACAGCUAGUUAUCAGUUUUCCCCUUCCCACUCAGACCGCUCCCAGACUGUCACAACUUCCGCCGAGGCUGCCUCCCCUCCUUGUUCGGGCAGGUUUCGGCGUUCGUCGUCACUGGCUUACUAGCUGCUGCCGAUCCAUUUAUCAUCACUCCACUUGUCUUGUCUAAUAUAUCACACACACCUGGUCCGUAUCCCCAAUUAGCCAUUGUAUAAGUGUUCCCUCUGCUUCCUUGUCUGUGUGGGUGUUUGUUUGUUGUGAGCUGUGUGUAGCUCGUUCGAGCUACCCUUACCUUGUUGUUGCCAGGGUAGAUAUUUCCCCUGUGCCUGAGUGUUGUUGUCGCAUGCUUGCGCAACUGUUUAUCGACGGAAUACACUUUUGGAGGCGUAUUACUCUCCUGCGCCUGACUCCUUCUAUCACACGCAUCACACAGACAGUCUUAGCUAAAUUCUUGCUUGAGAAAUUGCUCUUUGCUAAGAAGCUAUUUUUGUUUCUUUUUGACCAUUUUAAUUGUUACCCAGAAAUGAUUUGAUACUGAGCUAAAAACGGCUCCAUUGCAACUUUAACAAUCCAAAGGACAUGCGUGUGUGUGUGUUUGUGUGUGUUGGGUUGAGUUGAGUUGACGCAGUGGCUGUGUGUAUUGGUCCAGGCACUGUGGUCUAGGCACUGACCCAUGGUCGUGGCCCCCAGGGGACUCUCUGUGUAUAUAGGGCCCACUCCUGAGGGAGAGGCAGAUAGGAACACAGCUGUGUUGGCCCGGGCUCAUACCAGCCUAACGGCCCAUCUGUGGUUCCCUGGCUCUUUGGAGGAAGUGAAGCUUCCCAGUACCCACUGGCUCUCCCCUCAGUCCCAGUACACUGCUCCUUUUAUUUGGCACAAAACCUUUAGCUCGGGCCAAGGAGGCAGAGAGAGAGAGAGAGAGAGAGAGAGAGAGAGAGAGAGAGAGAGAGAGAGAGAGAGAAUUUUGGCCUCUUCAUUGAUUAUGAGUGAGGGCUUGUUUUUCUGUGGUUCAGCCAAUCUCUCUGUUUGUGGCAGGGACGGCAAGUAUGCACUGUUUACUGUGAGGCUUGAGUCGCAGAUGGCACAAUGCAUUUGCAAUUAGGAUAAUCUCAGUGUGUGUGUGUUUUGGUCUGACAAUCUGUGAGAUCGAGAGAGAGACAGAGGGAGAAUGUUCUCUGUAUGUGUCUUGGCCUCCUGUACAGUACAUGUAUCAAACAGUGUUUACAGGCUUGUAUUUUCAAAUGCUAUUUUCACCCUUAGAUGUCCACAGUAAAUGGGUUUACGUAACCUAGAAUUGAUUCAGCGUAGGACUGCUUGAAGUGCAGAAUAGGUUGGGCAUUAAACCCCAAACUAUCUACUUCUAUCCCUCCCUCUCUCCCCCCAUUUACCUCCCUCUUUCUUUCUCUGUCUGUCUGUCUGUCUGCCUGUCUGUCUCUCUCACUGUCUCGCUCUGUCUGUCUGUCUCUCUCUCUCUGUCUCUCUCUGUCUCUCUCUCUCUGUCUCCUUCUCUCUAUCUCUCUCUCGCCCUUUCUGUCCAUCUCUCUCUCCAUCUCUCUCUCUCUCAAUCUUUCUCUCUCUCUCUAUCUCUCUCAAUUCAAUUCAAAGGGCUUUAUUGGAAUGGGAAAAUAUGUUUACAUUGCCAAAGCAAGUGAAAUAGAUAAUAAACAAAAAUGAAAUAAACAAUACAAAAUAAACAAUAAACAUUACACUCACAAUAAAGACAUUUCAAAUGUCAUAUUAUGUCUAUAUACAGUGUUGUAAGGAUGUGCAAAUAGUUAAAGUACAAAAGGGAAAAUAAAUCUACAUAAAUAUGGGUUGCAUUUACAAUGGUGUUUGUUCUUCAUUGGUUGCCCUUUUCUUGUGGCAACAGGUCUCAAAUCUUGCUGCUGUGAUGGCACACUGUGGUAUUUCACCCAUUAAAAUGUGAUUUGUUUUCUAAAUCUUUGCAGCUUAGUUUCCACCUCAUUUUGUGGGCAGUGUGCACACCAGAUGACAGUGUAACCACUACCAGAUGACAGUGUUACCACUACCAGAUGACAGUGUUACCACUACCAGAUGACAGUGUUACUACUACCAGAUGACAGUUGUUACCAGUACUACCAGAUGACUGUGGUACCAGUAAUACCAGAUGACAGAGUUGCCACUAUCAGAUGACAGUGUUACCACUACCAGUUGACAGUGUUACUACUACCAGAUGACAGUUGUUACCAGUACUACCAGAUGACUGUGUUAAGAAUACUACCAGAUGACACUGUUACCAGUACUACUAGAUGACAGUGUUACCAGUAAUACCAGAUGACAGUAUUACCAGUAAUACCAGAUGACAGUGUCACCACUACUAUCAGAUUACAGUGUUACCAGUAAUACCAGAUGACAGUGUUACCAGUAAUACCAGAUGACAGUGUUACCACUACUAUCAGAUGACAGUGUUACCAGUACUACCAGAUAACAGUGUUACCAUUACUACCAGUUGAAAUUGUUACCACUACCAAAUGACAGUGUUACGUGAACGACUAGAUGACAGUGUUACAACUACUUCCAGAUGACAGUGUUACCAGUACUACAAUAUGACAGUUUUACCACUACCAGAUGACAGUGUUACCACUACCAGAUGGAAUUGUUACCAGUCCUAUCAGAUGAUAGUGUUAACAGUACUACCAGAUGACAGUGUUACCAGUAUUACCAGAUGGCAGGUGUUACCACUACCAGAUAACAGUGUUACCAGUACUACCAGAUGACAGUGUUACGCGUAUGACUAGAUGACAGGGUUACCAAUAUCAGAUGACAGUGUUACCACUACCAGAUGACAAUGUUACGUGUACGACUAGAAGACAGUGUUACCCCUACCAGAUGACAGUGUUACCAGUACUACCAGAGGACAGUGUUUUGACUACCAGAUGACAGUGUUACAAGUUCUACCAGAUUACAGUUUCGCCAGUACUACCAGACAAUAUUGUUACCAGUUCUACCAGAUGACAGUGUUACCAAUACUACAAGAUGACAGGUGUUACCACUACCAGAUGACAGUGUUACAAGUACUAACAGUUGACAGGUGUUACCAUUACCAGAUGACAGUGUUACCAGUACUACCAGAUGACAGUGUUACCAGUAUUACCAGAUGACAAUGUUAUCAGUACUACCAAAUGACAGUGUUACCAGUACUACCAGAUGGCAUUGUUACCAUUACUACCAGAUUAUAGUGUUAUCAUCACUACCAGAUGACAGUGUUACCACUUCCAGAUGAUAUUGUUACCAGUACUACCAGAUGAUAUUGUUACUAGUACUACCAGAUGAAAGUGUUACCACUACCAAAUGGCAGUGUUACUAGUACUACCAGAUGAAAGUGUUACCACUACCAAAUGACAGUGUUACCAGUACUACCAGAUGAUAGUGUUGCCAGUACUACCAGAUAACAUUGUUACCACUACUACCAGAUGACAGUGUUAUCAAUACUACCAUAUGUCAUUCUUACCACUACUACCAGAUGACAGUGUUACCAGUACUACCAGAUGAUAGUGUUGCCAGUACUACCAGAUAACAUUGUUACCACUACUACUAGAUGACAGUGUUAUCAAUACUACCAUAUGUCAUUGUUACCACUACUACCAGAUGACAGUGUUAUCAGUACUACCAGAUGACAUUGUUACCACUACUACCAGAUGACAUUGUUACCAGUACUACCAGAUGACAGUUUUACCACUACCAGAUGACAGUGUUACCACUACCAGAUGACAGUGUUACCAUUACUACCAGAUGAUAGUGUUACCAGUACUACCAGAUGACUUUUUACCACUACUACCAGAUGACAGUGUUAUCAGUACUACCAGAUGACAUUGUUACCACUACUACCAGAUGACAGUGUUAUCAGUACUACCAUAUGACAUUGUUACCACUACUCGCAGAUGACAGUGUUACCAUUACUACCAGAUGACAUUGUUACCACUACUACCAGAUUACAAUGUUAUCAAUACUACCAGAUUACAUUGUUACCACUACUCGCAGAUGAUAGUGUUAUCACCACUGCCAGAUGACAGUGUUACCACUUUUAGAUGACAGCUGUUACCUUACUACCAGAUGACAUUGUUACCAGUACUACCAAAUGACAGUGUUACCACUACUACCAGAUGACAGUGUUACCACUACCAGAUGACAGGUGUUACCACUUUCAGUUGACAGGUGUUACCACUACCAGAUGCUCUUGCCUUGAUAUUGGUGUCCUGGAAGAGGUUAACAAUAUCUUGUUCUCCAGAUAUUAUGUCCUAACUUGUCCUAACUUUCACACACGAUUGCUUGGGAUUAUAGGGCAUCCACAAUCUUACCAGGAAUGUGAUAUUAAUUUGGGCCGUUCAUCUCCUCAGAGACCAAGUGCGGCUUACACACACACAGACAUCAUACAGACACACACACACACACACACACACACACACACACACACACACACACACACACACACACACACACACACACACAAACACACACACACACACACACAAACACACACACAGAGGCAGGCACACACACACACACACACACAAACACACUACACAUGCACACACACACACACACACACAUACACACACACAGAAAUAAACAGUCCAGCUAUUCCAUACUUCCUGUAUGUGUUUCAUAACUCAGUGUUUUCAUUCCUAAGGCGGACUUCCUAGUUUCCACUCUCACAUCAUUAGCCUAUGAGAUUCCCUCUCACCAGCGAUGCUUGGCCGUAGCAGUGGGGAGUGUGACACAACAUAACACAGAUUAGCUGCUCUCAUUAUUUUACUGAAUACAUUUGUUUGAUGAGAAUCCAUGCUAAUCUUGUUGACUAGCUAGGUGUUGGAAUGCAUGGAACGUUUGUAAUUGAUGAGUCCAGGUUUUCGACAUUUAGUAGGUAAAUGCAUGUGGUCUCGCUUUUCACUCAUGGGUCAUUAUUUUAUUGUGGUUGUAAAUGCUGUCCCUUGACUUUGGCACCAUGUAAAAACACAUGACAACUGAUAAAUGUUGUGUUUUAUUUAACAGUUAUUUAAUAAAAAAACAUAUGUACAUCCUUUAUACUGCAACACAUCUAUUUCUUCUUCUUCUUCUUCUUCUUCUUCUUCUUCUUCUUCUUCUUCUUCUUCUUCUUCUUCUUCUUCUUUUGGGCCCUUUCCCCGGGGGGAGGGGAACAAAAAAAAGUUGCGCCCAAAAAAUUUUUUAAAAACAAGAACUUAAAAAGGGGGAACAAACAAAACCACACAAAAAACACCCCAACACAAAUUUUUUUUCCCCCCAACCCCAAAACCCACACCCCCCAAAACAACCCGGGGGGCCCCCCCCCCCCCCCCCUUUUUCCUCCCCCCCCCCCAAAAAACCCCUUUCAGCCCCCUUUAAAAAUUUUUCUUAGGGUUUUCAUCCCCCGUUUUUCUUUUUUAAACUUCUAUUUCCCUUUUUCCCCUUCCCUUUGGGGUUCCCCUUCACCGCACAUUCCCCACGGUUUUUUUCUACCCAAAACCGUUUUUUUUCCCCCUUUUUUUUUUUAUUGUACAUUGGUUUUGGGGAAAUCCUUCCCUUCUUGGGACUUAGCUAGGUGUUUAAUCCUUGGCUUUUUUUUUUUUGGGGAGCCCAAUUUUCCGGACUUUUGGAAAUGCUUUCCCUCGCUGCUCUCACACCCUCUUCCCAUUUCAUCUCUCUCUCUGUGUCAUUGGGAAUAUUUGUAGUGACAUCAACCUGAGACAGGGCAGAUUUGACAUUGCAAGUGGAAAGCACUUGACGAAGUUGACGAUGCUAUGUAGCCUUGAACACAUAACAAUUCCUGCCCUCUUUUUGAAGAGAUGCAUCUCGUCUGGAACACAUCUGUCCUCCCUCAGAAUGUUGGGUCAUCCCAGGCCCUGUUAGUGUUGUUAUGUGUCCAUUCCAAGUGGCUAGGCCGGUAUCCGCCAGCCAGGUCCACUAGUCACAUACCUGGGACUAAUGUGGCGUCGUUGUCAGAAGACAUAAAAAUCAUAGUUAUCUAGUUUAGAAUCACUGCCCUCCUUUAUUGUGUCUUCUGGCAAUGUUGCAAUAGGCCUCAAUGGGCUGUUUUUGUCCCCUGUUAUUUAUCUUUCACUGAGGUAGUUUACAUGUCCAGCUGAUUUGGUCCAACAUGAACCACAUGGUUUUAUUACAGCAUGCUGCCAUCUAUUGGACAAAAAUAGAAGUACACUAGAGCGCUUAGGAAGAAGCCCGAUGUGUGGAGCUUUAUGUACUGACUUCAUUGAUAUAAAGGCUGAUGUUAUGAAGAGUGAACACAGAUCAAUACAGAUCAACACAGAUAAAUACAGAUCAAUAUAAAGCUGUAUAACCUUUAUCUGUUCUUGUUCCCCCAGGGUCUUUCAACCAAGACUUCCGUCCUCCUGAGACGCUGUUCAAGGUGAUCUUCUGGCUGGGCUACUUCAACUCCUGUCUCAACCCCAUCAUCUACCCCUGCUACAGCCGAGAGUUCAAACUGGCCUUCAUACGCAUCCUCCGGUUGGUCUAUUACUUCACUACCUAUCAUAUUACUGUACUCCUUCAUUCAUCUGCAUCUUCCAGUUGGUCUUUCAUAUUUCUUAGGCCAAUGAUGUAAAAUGAUGUUAGAGUAUGUACAUUAUGUCUGUAACUGUGGAAACAACAGACACAUUUCAAUGGACAAUGUUUUUCAAUUAAAAAUGUUCACGCACCUCCCCAUCAUCAGAUGCCAGUGUCACCAUAGAAGACGCCCAGGAUGGCGGGCUUACAACUACCGCACCUCCCACUUCAACUCCUCUGGCCACUCACGGAAGAACUCUGCAGAGUCUGGUCACUCAUGGAAGAACUCUGCCUGCUUCAACGGGAGCCAGCGCACCCUGCCCUCCUCAGCCAGCCCCAGCCCCAGCUACCUGCCGCCCUGCGCAGAAGGGGAUACCCUCUCCACCUGCUGGGCCUCAGCCGCCUCCAGGCCCUCCUCUCUGUUGCCUGGGAGUCCUGCUGACUGCCAGCUGGGGACACUGAGGGGGGGGGGUGGGGGGGUGGAGGGACUCAGGGGGGGAUGUCUCACAGGGAGUCCAGCCAGGGGGUGUUCUCGUUCCCCUGUGUGGAGCGUGGAGGGGACAUACCUGAGGAUAAGGUUUGACUGUCUGGGAGUCUUACAGUCAUCAGUUGCUGUUAAAUUAUUCCUGAUGGGUAUUUAAAUCAUGUUCAGUACCUGACUGAUUUGGGGGAGUGAUGUAUGGUUCCAUUCACUGUCAAUGGUUCAAGUCAAGUCAAAUUAACUGUCAAUGGUUUUGUAUCUUUGGCAUGGGAAAUGGUUGAAGGAGCGGAGAUGGCACUACAGUGAUCUCUGCUGUAUGUUAGCAGGCAUUAAUGAGCAUCAGGAUCAGUCCAGCAUCUGUUCAAUGGAACUACCACUGUCGGAGGGAAACUACUACAGAUGAAACUGUCCUGUAUUUCUCAGAGACAUGAUCAAGGACAAUAGUGAAGCAAUGGGAUAAACCACAUGAACUGUACAUUAUGGAUUUGACCAUAGCAUACCAAUGCAUGCAUCUGUAUCAAGGCUGUACAUACAGGGAGAUUCUCGUUUGGGCGAAAGACCAUCCUCCGUCCUCUCCUCCGUGACCCGGAAACGGAUGUGGUUUAGUGUUCGAGGAGUGUGUUAAUUCAUUAGUGGCCGAACGGAAGAGUAUCCUCCCCUCCUCGAUCCAUCUUUCAUCAAGGAUACUCAUGUGUAUCCUACCACGGAAUAGUUUUUAAAUCUGCCACACCCCCUUUGAACAAGCUUUUUUUGUCAGAGGAUAAAAAAAUGAACACGUUUAAAAACAAUAUGCUACGUAUUGUUUUAUCUAUAAAUGUCUUGCACAACUAACUUAAUUUGUUUUGAGCGCUUUACACAUGUUUGGGGAAUCCACCCCUGUAAACAUAAUAUGCCUAAUGAUGCGCGAGUGGAAAAGGAGCGUCUUAUUUCAAGCAACUGCAUUUCCAUCCACGUUCACGCUCCUCGCCGACUCUCCUUGAUUAACUUUGACCUUUUUCAAAAGGAGGCGAGAGAGGACGGAGGAGAGAGGAUGCAGGAGAUGAGCAAAUCAAAUUGAUAAAAGGCCACAGUAUUGGCCCUAGGACUGGGAGAGACUAUGCUACCCUGGGACUACCUGUGGAACUGCACCCUAAUCUGUCAUUCAUUGGUCUGAUCUGUGAAUGUUUCUUGUCUACUGGGUCUGUGGUCCUUCUCUUUCAAUUGGUCUGAUCUGUGAAUGUUUCUGGUCUCCUGGGUCUGUGGUCCUUCUCUUUCAGUUGGACUGAUCUGUGAAUGUUUCUGGUCUCCUGGGUCUGUGGUCCUUCUCUUUCAGUUGGUCUGAUCUGUGA